AUGGGAGUACAGCCUGCGGAAGUACCUCCUGCUGCUGGCCGCUCUGGUGGUCACCGUCACCUACGCCGCGGGAUUCAGCCCGCCGGGAGGCGUCUGGCAGACCGCCCAAGACGGCCAGCCCGCCGGCGACCCCAUCAUCCGCGGAACCCACUACCGCCGCUACCUCGCCUUCUUCUACUGCAACGCCACCGCCUUCGUCGCGUCGCUCGUGGUCAUCGUCCUCAUCCUCGUCCUCGCCGCCUCGCCGCCCGCCACGACAAGAAGGGGAAGGACAGCCGCUGGGUCGUCGUGCCCCUGCGGCUGGUCAUGGUGCUGGACCUGCUCAGCCUGAUGGGCGCGUACGGCGCCGGCACCUGCCAGGACAAGAUCUCCAUCGUCUACUCCGCGGUGCUGGUGGCCGCCAUCUUCCUCUAUGUCGCCGUUCUCAAGAUGAUGGACUGGUAUUGUCCAGACAAGAGCUCCGACCCUGGCUCCGGCGGCACAAUGACCGCCACCAACAGCAACUCCAGCUCCGGCGGCAUGAUGUCCACUCCUGAUCCUGACUCCGACGCCGUCACUAUUCGCUCCCCCAUCCGCGAUUCUGACCCCAAUGUCAAAGAAAAAGAGGAUCGCGAACGUGAGGUCCUGAAGAAGCUGAAAGCCGACGAACGGCUCCGCAAGGUCCUGAUGCUCCUGGCGACGUUCGCGGUGAGCGUCACAUACAUCGCCGGGCUGAGCACACCGGGUGGCUUCUGGGACAGCACCGGGGCCAGCUACCGCCCGGGCGAUGCAAUCCUCAAGGACCACCACCGCCCACGCCUGACGGUGUUCCUGCUCUGCAACACCACGGCGUUCGUGGCGUCCCUGGUCAUCAUCAUGCUGCUCAUCAUCGACGGCAAGAAGCUCCGCGAGAAGACCGUUCGGUCGCUCGUGCUCUAUGGGUUCAUCGUCGUCGCGCUAGUCAGCCUUGUCGGCGCUUACACCGCUGGCAGCUGCAGGGAGACAAAAACCACCAUCUACGUGGUCUCCCUGGCCGGCGGUAUUUUGGCAAUGGCAUACAUCCUACUCUAUGCUUUCUACACUUUAAAGUCUUCUCGUUCCAGUCCAACGCAACAAACGGAUGCACUUCAGCAGACUAAUGAUAAUAUCAGUCGUAGAAAGGGUCUGGACAAGGCUCGCUCUCUUGUUCUACUGCUCGCCACUCUUGCCACCACCAUCACCUACACAGCGGGGUUGGACCCGCCAGGUGGCGUUUGGCAGGACAACGACCACGGGCAUAUGGCCGGCGACCCGAUUCUAAUCACAACGAACAUUGGGAGGUACAGGGCCUUCUACUACUGCAACUCGGUUGCGUUCGUAGCCUCCUUGCUGGUCAUCGUCCUUGUCCAGACAGAGAGGCUGAUCAAGCACCACGUGCUGGAGGCAGCCAUGAUACUCGACCUGUUUGGCCUCAUCGGCGCAUAUGCCGCCGGGAGCUGUCGGGACGUGAAUUCCUCCAUUUAUGUCAUGGCUUUGGCAGGCGCUGCCCUGAUCUAUGUGGUGAUCCAUAUUGUCUUCUUCACGCUGGAGCUGGACCACAAGGACAAGAAAGACGACGAUCAAGAAGAUGAGUUGCUGGAGAAGAGGCGCAAACGGUUGCUCCUGUUCGCGAUCUUGGCUGCAACCAUCACCUAUCAAGCCGGCCUCACCCCUCCUGGCGGGUUUCUUCUCCAGGACGACACGCUCGGGCACCAUGCCGGUGACCCGAUCCUCUUGCACAACUACCCAGUCCGCUACCAUGCCUUCUUCUACUGCAACUCGGUGAGCUUCAUGCUGUCCAUCGGCCUCAUCAUCCUCCUGGUGAACCCGAAUCUGUACAGGCCAGCCAUACAAAGCAAUGCACUAUCCGUUUGCACGGCCGUGGGCUUGUUUUGUUUGAUGGGGGCCUACGCCGCUGGAAGCACGCAACACCGCAAGACAUCCAUCUACAUCUUCGUGUUGGUGGCUGUGGUCCUGCUCAUUGCAGCCGGACUGCUGCUGGUAUUUUUGCUGAAGAGAAAGCUCAGCAAUGUGGUAGUUGCGCCACCAAGAGAACAGAACGAAGAAGAAAGGAAGAAGGAGGUAGAAGAAAAGAAUGAGGAUGAAGAAGAAGCGAAGAAGCAUGCGAGGCGCAAGUAUCUGAUGCUGCUAGGCAUCUUGGUGGCGAGCGUAGCCUACCAGGCCGGCCUGGAACCGCCUGGCGGGGCGUGGCAGAACAACGACAACGGGUACGAGGCAGGCAACCCGGUGAUGAACGACAACAGGAGGCCCCGGUACCUCACCUUCUUCUACAGCAACUCCAUUUCCUUUGUGGCUUCCAUCGUUGUCAUCAUCAUGUUGCUACCGCAAUGGCUGCCAAAGAAGAAAGAAGGAGAAUGGGAGAAAUGGUCGCUGAGGGUGAUGAACUGGAUGAUCCGACUGGAUCUGUUUGCUCUCCUAGUGGCCUAUGCAGCCGGCUCCAACAGGGGGUUGAAGACAUCCCUGUUUGUCGUCGCACUCAUCUUUGCUGUGCUGGGCUACUUUGCAAUCCAUACGGUGCUGGCAUGUACUGUUUGUCGCCGUGAGAGGCGCCAAAGCAGCUCUGUAGUGUAG